AUGUCCCUCGAAGCCUUACUCGCGCCAAACGUGCACAAGUACGCGGCCGCAACAAAUGGCAAAUAUCUAUCAACACGUCUUCUCACACACAACGGCGUCACAAUUGCCUUUGCAUUAGGGCGAACGCAAGGAAGCAGCAGCAGAGAGCUAUUCUUCGUUUACUCCAUCCUCAAUGCUGCAGAUCCAGAUACCAACGAGCCCCAGGUGCCUGGCGGCGACAAAAGCAAGUCCUCGAGCGGAGCCGACAAGCUUGACUCGCAGUCCUGGUUCGAGAAUGUACGGCCACUGCGCUUUAGUACGGAGAUUAGAGUUGUGGGCGAGGAGGCCGUGCCUGUGUACCAGAUUCCGGCUGUGGACCGCACAAACCAUCUCGUCAACGUCGUUCAUCAGCCCCAGAAGCUCGAUCCAUGGCUCUCCACAUCGCUGAGUUUAAUGGAUGAAGACGUCACAAAUUUUGAGGUCUUUUCAGAUGGACGAUACAUCUACUUAUUUCGGCAAGGUCGCUCGGCCUCUGCUGGAUUUGCAAAUAGGCUCGUAAACGCUGAAGAGAGAAGUCUUCCCCCGAUCGAUGGAAACCUUCUCUGUGAUCGCUUCAAUCUUGUUGGAAGUACCAUCAGUAGGACACUGGAGGUGCGCUACAGGAGAAGCCGGCAAAAGCGCUUUCCGUUGAACGAGCAUGAUACUCUCGCAGUGCGCGAUAUCAACGACGUGCCAUUCUACGAGCCAACCUUCUCCAUUCGGUUUGUCCGAGACUUAGUCGAUGGUCGUUUUUCUGUUCUUCAGACUCCCACCAUGACAAACGAUGUGUCGCGAUGGAUGAUUUUUGCCUUUUCCAAGCGCUCGCAACAAAUCGAUUGCUUUACGACCGAUGUUGCCAAUGAUGGGCUCUUUGAUAUUCAUGGUCAGAUAUAUUACACAUGUGAAUCCAAAGAUCAUGAGGAAACCUUUUCCAAUGCGCCUGGAUCUUGUGCUGCCAUCUCAAAAGGCGACAGAGGGUCCUGUGGUCAGCCAAAACAAGCGAUUGUACCUAAAGCGGCUCUUUCUGAAAGAGCAAUCGCGUUGGACAAGGAGACGAUCAGCACACAAGUACGACUCGAAACGCCUAUAUCGUUGUCCGGGCCUGCACUCUUGGGAGGCUUUACACUCGAAGCCUGGGUGGCUCCCAUCUCAUUUUGGGUUGUGGAAGAACACGAAGUCACUGAGGAUGCCGAAUCAACCAAGGCGAAGGACUCAGAGUUGCCACCACCGGGGUCAUCAUUCUGCCUGUUUUCACAGGAUGCUGCACAACAGAAAGCUAGCCCAUCUGUGUUCAUCGAUGACAAACUCCGCGUUGUGUUGCGCCUGAGCGGCGAAUCUCCAAUCCUUCUGACGUCAGACCAGAGCCUAAAGAUAGACGAAUGGAACCACGUCGCACUCACAUAUACCUCCAGCACGCGAGCUUAUGCAUUAAUCGUCGACGGUAUUGCGCCUUUGACCUUGCCGUAUGUACUCCCAGAGGAUUCAAAUCCGGGCGUACUUGCAGGCUUAGCAUCCCAAGUUGGCGAAUCGAAAUUUGGAUUCCAGGGCCAGCUGGAUGAGGUACGCCUUUGGAGACAUCCUUUCCAUCCAGCGACAAUCAAAGCCAAAAGCUCCAGCCGGACAACAGGGAUGGAACCACUGCUGGAAGCCUGCUGGCAUUUCGACGAGGGAACCGGCACUAAAGCGUACGACUCCACGAGAAGUGGCCAUGAUAUUACCAUCCUAGAUGAGGUAUCCAAAGAAAGGGCUCCAGAGAUAUGGGUAGAGUCGACGGCUCCUUUGGUAAGUAACUUCGGCCUUACAAAGCGAACUCUGCGCUUAGCUUCGAACGUCACCAUCCGUGGUGGUCUGGGGGCAGGCAUAUACCACGAGCAAGUCUCGGUAUCACAAAAAACUGCAGAAGACAACAAGGAGGCUACAAAGCCUCUGAAACGUGGUGCGCGAAUCCUGCUGUGCUUCGUAGCAAGCACAGGAGACAUGUCGCCGUCCAUUGCCAUACUUGAUUUCGGGCUUAUGUCGGAUGGCACGCUUUGCGAUUCUCCUGCUACGCUACCCCUUCCUUCUCUUCCGCUCCUGGACACCUCGCUCAAGGGUCAGGUUGCACAGCGAGCAUCGACUGCCUUACUUUACGUCGACGCUCAAGGUAUGGAGACAUUUGGGGGUUUGUUCGCGAUGGACGCAGCUACGUGCACGUCAGACUGUCCAUGCGUUUGGGAUUCAGCUACUGGAACAAUCAGUGUAUUCUAUCGGAGUCUUUCAGGAGUUCUGUCUGCUCUCACGUAUGACACCUCACGUUCUGUCAUUUUGUCUGCUCUGCAGGGCAUGAGUGAAGGCUAUAGAGUUCUGGCUUCAAGCAAACUUCGCCAGGCAGUGAGAUUUGAUGUGCAAACCAUGCCGUGUGAGCGGACACCUGAAAAUGUGGCAAUAGAUCUUUCGUUAGUUGCAACAAUGCCGGAUGGCUCCAGGACUGAGGUCUCCCUGGCUUCUUACCUCGCCGUUGGUGGUGUCUAUUUCCAGGUGCUACGCGUUGGCAACGAGGGCGAGAGCAGUAUUCUAGUAUCGAACAAAUCUGGCGAAGUUGCUCCGCUGAAGGAACUUCCAGGUAACAAGGAUUUGGUAGUGACCUCUGUCAGUUACCAUCACAAGACAUUGGUCACUUGUGAAGGAAAGCCGGCUGGCGACUUUACCCAGGGCUCUAGCAUGCUGACCCUGACAUACAACAAGACCACGACGACGGCUGGAUCUGCUGUCGAUGGCUUGGUAAAUGCGGCUCUUAAGUGCCAAAUCAGCACAUAUCCCCAGAGCCCUUUCAUUUCAUCGCCACCUCGUUCGACCGCGUUGCAUCUGGCAAACGACAGUGUUUACACGAUGCUCGAAGAUCCCACAACUACCACAGCUUGUCCAGGGAUGACGUUCGAGAGCUGGAUCAAGGUCGAUGAGAUCACUGAGAGUAUUCUGGUGGCAUACACUUCAGAAAGCAUGCCGCGGAGCGAGCGAACGAGCCGCGAGCAACAGACCUUUCUUCUUGGGAUCCCGGCUUCCUCUGCUGGGAACACAGCAUAUGAUCUGGUCGGCAAUGCCAACGGCUGCCUCUUUACCGUCAGCAAUGCCCUAGCACUGAAAGUGAAUCAAUGGGUUCACAUCGCUUGCUCCGUUCGCAAUACCUUCGCCUUACGAUUCUCGGGUUCCAAUUAUGUCGACUUAGGGGCCGCCCCGGAGUGGAAUGUUUCCGACUUCUCCCUGGUGUUUUCGUUACAAGUCGAUAAUAUUGGAGAGGAGCACAUAGUCUUCACCAAAGCUGCAUCCAAUGAGGACCACACACCUUUGCACAUAACCAUCAACCGCGAGGGUAUACUUUGCCUAUCCUACUGGGCCGAGAACGAAAUGAAUACAGACGUAGGACAUCGUUUCGUUUCGUCUCCAUCUCCAUUAAAAGCAGGAGUCCCAUACAAGAUGUUCAUAUCCAGAGCAUUAGUCCGAGUCAGCAAUAAGAAUAAAAUCCCAAGAUCCGUGCAGCUCGUGAAUAUGCGUGCUUGGACUAAAGAUGGAACCUCAGCAUUCGCGCUCAAUCCUCCGUCGAUGGAUGACCUUGAGAGAAGUGUGAACGGAGAUAGACAGACAAUCGAUUUGAGUAUUCAGGGGUCGGCACAUGCAUGCGGCCCUGUACGAAAGAAUAGCUCUGCUUUAGUAUUCGGGGGCGUGGCGUGGGAUCUCCAUAAAGGCUUAGUAGGAUCAAUUGGAUCCAUCAGACUUUACUCGAACGCAAUCAAAGUGCCUAUAUCCCCUAGCGCUUUGUAUGAACCAGACACCUCUGAGCGCUCAACAAUAGGCUCGUGGUCAUUUCGAGACGCAGAAGGCGUCUCUCUGACUUCAGACUCGGGGCGCAAUCAUGGGAAACUAAAGAAUGAGCCAGACUGGAUUCUUUCUCCGUACUCGCCGGACCACCGACUUUCGGUCUUUGUUAACGGAAAACGAACAAAUACCAGCCACACGGCCGAAAAUACUCUGCUGAAGCAACCAAGUGGUCCACAUCAAUUGACUCUGGGUAAUGCCUUACAUGGAAGUGGCGAGACGCGCUUUCUCGCGAUGGAAAAUGCCUUUCGGGGUCAGUUGGACGAACUUCGAAUUUGGAAUGUACCUCGUACGAACGAGAACAUAACGGAUGCCAUGAAUUCGAGGUUGGCUGAAGUUUCAGUCGAUCUAGCGGUUUAUCUCCCCUUCGAUGACGAACUCGAGACAUCAGAACAAACUCCAUUGGCGAAAUAUUUUCGUAUCCUCGCUGACGCUUCGAUCAAUUGUUGGCACUUGUCUCCUUUGCAUGAAGUACAUCCACUCAAGGUAGCAUCAGAUGCACCGGUCAGUCACGACUCACCAUGUGUAGACCACGUGCUUAGCACGCACUCUUCCAGUAGGGCUACUCAAACAGGUGCCCAAGUAAUUGCACGCCCUUCCGUAGCUGAGUACGGAGACAUGCAAAUAGGGGCAAGUGGUAGCAUGGAAGGAAGUUAUAAGCGUGUUUAUUCAUACAUUGACAAGCAAAAUCAUUGGAACCUCGUCACCGGUUUUCGCAUUGGGGCAUUGGUGACCGAAUGGGUCAGUCAAGUGCAAACUUCACCAACGCUCAUAGGAUAUAUUGAAGGGGCUCCACCAAUAGCGGCUGAGAAUUACGUCGACGGGCAUGACAGGCCUUCAAGUGCCAUUCGCUUCCAGAACGCCCAGCGUUGCACGUACUCCUAUGCAUCGCGCCAAGACAGCGGAGUCGAUUUUGACUUGACCGUCAACCACGGUAUAGGAGCGAAGUGGCAAGUCAGUGCAGGUAUGGGCGUAGAGUCGGAGGUCACAUCUGGCGAGGUCAAAGGUGCCAUCAAAACUGUGGCCAAUGUCUCUGGCUCUUACGUCAACAAUGAAGUGGCCACAGCUACUACCAACACCAAUUUAGAAAUGCGCGUUGAACUUACUGGCGCUUGGCAUGAAUCGGAGAAUGAAGCCACCGGCAACUACGAGGCUGCGAACACAGGACUAGCGCUUGUCGAGAGCGAGGUCGCGGAUGUAUUUGCGCUACGUCUGAAAACGCGUGGUCCGGUCGCACCGCUCGUUGCCUACCAGAUGAGACCCAAUCCAGACAUACCGAAAGAUCGCAACCUAGUUUCUUUUCCAAUCAAUAAUUCCUACAUCAAGCAAGGCUGCCUGGAUGGUCGACGGGGCCUGAAGAACGAUGUUGACUACCCCUCAUCCGGCGACGCCCCCAAGGAUGCUUCCUACUACAAGCCCAUCGAAGCAUACGCGCUGAAAGACCGCAUCCGCAGGCAAGAAGAGCAAUUAGCAGGGGAAUACGACCGCUGCUCAAGCAUCCCCAACAUCUUCUGGCAAGUGCCAAAACGCACCCACCGGAAUAUAUGCAACUCUUACGUCUGGACCGCCGACGGCGGUACCUUUCAAGAGACGACCUCGACGAUGGAUUUCGUGCAAACCGAGGUUGGCGGCGGCCUGAAUCUCCGCGCUUCCGUAGGCGUCUCCACGGACUCGGAAGUGAGUCUCGGCGGUCUGCAGGCGGUCUGCAACGUGGACGCCCUCGUCAGCGCCCACACGAACCUGAUGCAAACGAAAGAGAAAUCGUCCGAGACCAGCUUCGAGCUGCAAGUGGACUUUCCGCCCGCAAUUGACAUCCGACAACGCAAUGAGCAGGGCAAGCUUGUGAAACGGCCAGGGGCCGUGGAUGCGUAUCGCUGGAUGAGCUUCUGGCUUGAACCCAGCGUGGAAGGAACGGAUUUCUUUUUCCAGCGGGUCGUGGAUCCGAAAUGGUUGGAUGACGGUCAAGAUCCGAGCGCCAGAUUGCUCCUGCAAUUACGUGAGGCGCUGGGGAAGGAGACGGGGAAUGCGAGGACGAAGGCGUGGAGGAUCCUGCACCGUACCUCAUACGUAAGCCGCGUUCCGGAGAAUAUUUCGGGGAAGCCAAAAAUGGUGGCGUCGUCAAGCCAGCAAAGCGAGGAGAAGAAGUCGACUUUGUUGGCGGAUGUGAGCUGUAAUUGGCAUAUCAUACAGAAUCUGGAACCUAUCGUCAGAGGUGCGUCAACGAGAGGUGAGCUGGUUGGUUUGGCGGAACCACAUAUCAAGACGAUGUACCCUAGUAUCAGGCAGGAACCGCGGUUUUAUGUGCAAUUGCUGGAUUUGCUCGGUGACUACAUUGGGUUGGAGUGA